AUGCCUUUUACUGCAAGAGCAUCAGAACAUCGGCAAGAAAUUCAUAAAAUCAUCGAUCUUGUUGCAUUUCUAAAAGAUGUGCUCAACGAGAACUCCCGUCAAAACUUAAAGCAUCUGAAUUUGAGUCCGAAACCAAGUGGACGAAGUGAGAAGUAUGGACUUUAUGACCAGUUCGCGGAUGGAUGGGCUCGUGGGAUCGGUCAACUACUCCCUUCUCUGAAAAGUCUCUCAAUUAGACAAAGGAUUACUUCAGAGACGGAAUUCCGAGACAUUCUAAAAUACUUCCCAGGCCUUACGAAACUGGAUCUCACUCAUUCAGCCCUCGAUUCAUUGGCUGGAGUGUCAAAAUUGAAACAUUUGGAGACACUUCUCAUUGGAGGAAUUUCCAUCGAGAGAUCACGAGACUUCCGAGACAUUGAAUACCUCGAAGAGCUGAAACAUUUGAGCUUUGCAGCCAACUGGACUUGCUACUGUUGUCAAAAUGGGAACACCGUUGAAAUGUACAUCAGACAUAGAAUCUAUCUUCCAAAACUUGAAUCCCUUGAUUUUUCGAUGACUAAAGAAGAUGAUGAAACAGUUCAAUGGUUUGUGGACACUCAUCCAACAUUGAAAUGCCUAUCUAUUUGUGAAACCAGAAAAAUCCAGAAAAUCGUGUAUCCGGGUAUUGCGGUGUAUCACACGACUACUAUUGGAGGAUCUGUAAAAUCUCUUCAAUACUAUCUAGCUAUUGGUAAUCUAAAUAUGGUAGAUGCUGUUCUCGACAGGAUGUAUUUCCAACUUCGAGAUGAGAUCGGCGGAGCGUCGGAUGAAGAUCUUCGAGAAUGUUUGGGAGUUAUCAAUUCCGCCGCGGAAUCAUACAGUUUCUUGGACAGAGUUUAUAGCCACAGUUGCUAUAGCUAUAAGAAUAUGAUGCAAUCAAAAGAUGUGAAUAUCUUCGAAGCGUCUGAUCGGAAGAAAAUGAUCGAUAUCCUUUUGAAUCACCUGACCGCCUCACUGUCUCCACUGAAAGAAAAUAUUUCUCGGAAAAUCAGCUACUCGUGGGAUGUCCUCAACAACCGGGACUUGCUUUUCCAGGCACCUCACUUGAAGAAUACAAGAAUUUGCUACUUGGCAAUGAAGACCGUGGAGCUCACUGAUUGGGAAUACUCACAGCCUCAUUUGCUAGUUCUGGAUAUGUUGAAAGGCCAAGCCGACAUCACUUCAAAUGAAUUCAACCUGAUCGAUGUCCCACAGCUCAAAGCAAAACUCCGGAAGGUUCGUGACACUAAAACCAGUGAUAAAAUCACCAAAUCGGCUGCGAAGAGUGUAUUAGAGUAUGUUGGGAUCCACUUGUAA